UAUAUACGACCGUGGUAUUGUUGUAAUUGAUGAUUGUAAUUUAUACGACCGUAAUGUCAAGUUUAUGUUUAAUAUAAAAUAUAUUUAAUAAAAAGCUAUUUUUUUAAACAAAUAGAGCAAGUAAAGAUGGAUUACGGAUAGAAAUAUUAAUUUCUGCUUUAAAGUCAUGAUUUCUCUGAAAAAAAAAUUGAUAAACAACAUUGUAUUCAAAACCUAACCUAAAAUUUGAGCUGUCAAUUCAUUUUAAAUAUCAGUAUUUUUAGUAUUUUAACAGAAUUUCCAUUAAAAUUGUGAAUUUAAAACUACUAAAAAAUGCCUCCAGUUAAAGACAAAUGGGUUAGACGAUUUGUAAUCACCGAGACAGAUCGUCAUAAAAGAGGUUUUACCAUUUACAAAGUGACGUCUAUUAUGUUUAUGAAAACUUCGCCGGAUAUUGUCUCCAAAGUAUCAGUUUGGAAACGAUAUAGCGAUUUUCGAAAAUUACACGCAGCAUUAAACAAUUUAUAUUUAACUCUCGAAAGUAAAGAGUUGUUUCCAACGUUUCCGAAGCCACGAUUUUUCGGUCGUUUUGAAACCGAAGUAAUCGAGGAGAGAAAAGACUGUGCACUGAGACUCUUAACUUUCAUUGCUAAACAUUCAGCGCUUUAUUCGAGCGAUGUUUUUGUGAAAUUCUUUGAAAGCAGUCACCUCGAUCGUCACUUAAUUGAUUGUUCACAGUCAAUAAGUUCCGAUACUUCCGAGGAUGAUCGAAGAUUCACUGAGAAUCCCGAAGGACUUCGUCGAUCUCGACAUUCACAAAGUCUCGCCAAGGGAUUUCGAAAAUUCAUUUCGAAAAAUCAUUUAAACGUUCAACCAUACGAAAAGGCUGAAUGCGUGAGUCCUGUGGAUGAGAAAAAUCACAAAAGCAAUAAUAAUCAAGAGACAAUGACAAAUGGUGUCGUUUACGCUCAGGAAGCAAUUAAAGAAGAAGAGGUAACGAUAAUUCAUGAUGGCUCUGAUUUGCCGAAAGCGGACAAUCUUUCCGCUCAGUAUAUUUUAAUUGCAGCUGCUCAUAUGAGCGCAGCUUUUCGCCACGAGGCAAUUGCUGAGUAUGAGGAAGCUUUCACGCAGUACAAAUUAGGAAUUUCAAAUCUUAUGAAUGGAAUUCAAAAUGAUUCGGAUGUUGAAAGAAAGAAUACGAUUAAGGACAAAGUAAGGAAAUAUUUACAGAGAGCUGAAAAACUUUAUAAUAGACAUUUAAAUUGUAAUAUAUCAGUUUUAAGUAAACCUAUUGGAGAACUUCAAAAUUAUAAAGUUCUUGGAUUUAUUCAAUCGUUAAUGCUUGUCAAAGACACGUUAAGAGGAUUUACAAGGGUAAUUAAGACAAUAGAAAUGCCUGAAGGAAACAAUGAUGACAUUAGUAAUUAUAUUCUUCGAGGAAAAGUACCUUACAUGGUUCAAUUACAUGCUUGCAUCCAAACGGAUUCAACUGUUUUUCUAGUCUUGCAAUAUGUUAGAAAAGGAAGACUGUGGGAUUUUAUAAAAUCCCAUUAUAAAAUAGAUAAAGGCGUAGAUACUUUUAAAAGAAAACACACCCGAUCUUUCAGUUGUGAUGCAAUAAUUCAAUCAAAUUUGGAGAAAACAUGCGAAAACCAAAAUAAGUCAUUGGAUAUUAAAGAAAAACAAAAUGGCGAAAAAUUGAAAACAGGUAUUAAAGAAUUUGAGGCAAAAAAUGAUAUCACGAAUAUUUCCAUCGAUUUUGAACAAUUAAAUAAAACACAAAUCUCUGUGGAUUCUAGUCACGAUGAUAUUCACACAACACAAUUAUUAGUAAACGCGCAAAAGUUACUUCAAUCUGUUAGCGCAACUUUAAAAAAGAGUAAUUCCAUCGCAACCAGAUUAAAUGAAUCUCAACAAUUGCUAUACAGUACAGAAAAUGUCAUAACAAAUUUGAAAUUUUCCACUUCAGAAAAACUAGUCGAAGAAUCAGAACCAAGCAGUUGUGAAUUGGAGGAUUCAAAAAAUAAACCACUAUCAGAUUCUAAACUAUUAACCGAAAAAAUUUUAGAACCUAAACAGUCUUUAUAUUCAGCAAUAAAUAAAUCAUCAGAUUUAGAAACUUAUCAAUUUUAUCUUUCAACGAUGACAGAAGGUGAAAACAUGAAAAAUGAAUGCAUUGCACAAUUUUGUGAAAAUAUUCAAGAGGAAGUGCAAUUUAAUUUUAGUGAGAAAUUAGAAAGUAAUGCCGGCUAUGAAAAUUUUAACGAUGACAAAGUUUUAUGGAAAAUUUCCGAGGAUGUACUUCAAUUGUGGUCGGCGCAAAUUUUAGUUGCUUUAGAGUCACUUCAUCAGCAAGAUACAGUCGUUGCAGAUUUGAGACCUGAAAAUAUUUUAAUUAACGAUGAAGGAAAUAUAAUUAUGUCUUACAUGCCACCGAGAAGAAAUUUUAAUUUAUUAAAAUUUAAGGAACCAUAUUCUUCCCCUGAAUUGUGUGCUUUUGCACCUCCAUUGCUUCCAACAACUGCUGUUGAUAUUUGGAGUUUUGGAGUUUUGCUUUAUGAAUUAUUUACUGGCUUGAAAUUCCAAUCAAAACAUUCGGGAGAAUUUCAUUCGUAUUCUACUGUUUACAUUCCUGAUGGAUUAGUGGAAAAUUCCAAGUCUCUUUUACUUAGUAUUCUUAAAUAUGAACCAAAUGAACGACUGACAAUUCCGGAGAUAAAACGUCAUCCGUUUUUUGCAGACGUCGAUUGGCUGAAACUUUUAAAUACUUGAUUUUUAAGUGCUUUAUUAAAUUCAUUAAGUAUUAUUUAAUGACAUUUUUAGAUUACAAACUUUUAUUGUUUCACAUGUUAUAGAAUUUACUGUAUUAUAUUGUUAUUUAUUUUAUGUUUGUUUUUAUUGUUUAUAUUUUAGUCACUGUAAAUUGUAAAAAUGUAAAGAGUCAAUAAAUUGUAAUUAUUGCAAUUACAAUUAAUUAAAA